AUGUACACAGGUGUGGGGACGUACACAGAUGUGAGGACGUAUACAGAUGUGAGGACGUAUACAGAUGUGAGGACGUAUACAGAUGUGAGGACGUAUACAGAUGUGAGGACGUUUACAGAUGUGAGGACGUUUACAGGUGUGAGGACGUACACAGAUGUGAGGACGUACACAGAUGUGAGGACGUAUACCGGUACCAGGACGUAUACAGAUGUGAGGACGUACACAGGUGUGAGGACGUAUACAGGUGUGAGGACGUACACAGGUGUGAGGACGUACACAGAUGUGAGGACGUACACAGGUGUGGGGACGUAUACAGGUGUGAGGAUGUAUACAGGUGUGAGGAUGUAUACAGGUGUGAGGACGUAUACAGGUGUGGGGACGUACACAGGUGUGAGGACGUACACAGGUCAUUUCCCGGAGCAGAGGGGUGAGAUUGCUGAGGACUCACAAGAAUCCUUUAACCACUGGACAAACACUACAAAGAGGUGUCUGAUGUGA